GCACUGUCUCAGUGUGUUGCUCCAGUACAGGCAGACAACAUGGGAAAAGGUUUCUUCAUCAGUAAAGCUGUUGGAAUAGUGGGUAUCAUCCUGGGUGCGGGGGCCCUGGCUACUAUCAUAGCUCUGUCUGUUGUUUACUCACAGGAAAAGGCAAAGAAUAAUCAGGUUUCGCCAGAAACAACAACCAAACCCCCUGUCACGACACCUGCUCCUUCAAAUGAACCUUGGGACCAGUAUCGACUGCCCAAGAACCUGGUGCCGGACCACUAUAAUGUCACCCUGUGGCCACGACUGACUCCAGAUGAGACAACUAAACUCUACAUCUUUACUGGUCAUUCCAGUGUGGAGUUCACGUGUGCUGAGGAGACAGAUCUGAUUCUUAUCCACUCCAAUAAGCUGAACUACACCAAAUUUGAGAAUGACAUCAUGGCGAAGCUCACCUCAGUCAGUGGGGCCAAAGCCCCCUCAAUCAAGUCUUCCUGGCUCCAGACUGUGACUCAAUACUUGGUCAUACAUCUGGAUGGUAAACUGAAAAAAGACCAAAAGUACCACCUGUACACUGAAUUUACUGGAGAGCUGGCUGAUGACCUGGGAGGAUUCUACAGGAGCGAAUACAUAGAGGAUGGAAAGAAAAAGGUUGUUGCCACUACUCAGAUGCAGCCGACAGAUGCCAGGAAGGCUUUCCCCUGUUUUGAUGAGCCUGCUAUGAAAGCUAUUUUCCACAUCACGCUGAAGCACGACAGUGGAACUGUAGCCCUGUCCAAUGGCGAGGUAAAAGGAUCAAGGACUGAAAAUAAUAUCCAGACAACAGUUUUUAAGCCAACUGAGAAGAUGUCCACCUACCUGUUGGCAUUCAUUGUCAGUGACUUUGCCUUCAUCAGUAGCACCAUUGAUGAUGUUUUGAUCCGCAUCUUCGCCCGGAAGUCGGCUAUUAAUGCUGGUCAAGGAGAGUACGCCCUUAACAAAACUGGACCAAUCCUUAAGUUCUUUGAGAAAUAUUACAAUUACAACUACCCUCUGCCCAAGUCUGAUCAGAUAGCUCUACCAGACUUUAAUGCUGGAGCCAUGGAGAACUGGGGUCUGAUCACAUACAGAGAGACAGCACUGCUCUACGAUGAAGCAUUCUCCUCCAACUCCAACAAAGAGAGGAUUGCUACCAUCAUCGCUCAUGAACUGGCUCACAUGUGGUUUGGUAAUCUGGUGACCCUGAGGUGGUGGAAUGACUUGUGGCUGAAUGAAGGCUUUGCAUCUUAUGUUGAGUACCUGGGAGCAGAUAACGCUGAACCUAACUGGAAAGUGAAAGACCUCAUCGUGCUCGGCGAUGUCCACAGAGUGUUCGCUGUUGAUGCCCUGGCCUCUUCUCACCCUCUAUCCUCUAAAGAAGAGGACAUAAAGACACCAGCACAGAUCAGUGAGCUGUUUGAUGCUAUCUCGUACAGCAAGGGAGCAUCUGUGCUGAGGAUGUUGUCAGAUUUUCUUACUGAAGAAGUCUUCACAAUUGGAGUCAGGACCUACCUGGCUGAAUUCGCGUUUGGGAACACAGUCUACACAGACCUAUGGGAUCAUCUGCAAAUGGCUGUUGUGGCUAAUAACACUGAGCUUCCUGACAGUGUCCAUAACAUCAUGAACACCUGGGUGUUGCAGAUGGGCUUUCCCGUGGUUACUAUAAAUACCAUGACUGGGGCUGUAUCCCAGGAGCACUUUCUGUUGGAUCCAGACUCUGAAGUCACUACUGAUUCUCCCUUUAAAUAUCAAUGGAUUGUUCCAAUCCAGUGGAUGAAGACUAAAGACAUCCAGGAACUGAAAUGGCUGGAGAGUAAAUCAGCCACAAUUAAUGAGAUGAAGACAACAGGAGCUGAGUGGGUACUGGCCAACCUCAACGUGGUGGGGUACUACAGAGUCAACUAUGACCAGGGCAACUGGGACAAACUUCUAAAUGUUCUGAAGACCAAUCAUGAGCUUAUUCCAGUGAUCAACAGAGCUCAGUUGGUGGAUGAUGCCUUUAACAUGGCCAGAGCAAAGGUCAUCCGUACAGAACUGGCCCUUGAUACCACCAAGUACCUGAAUAAGGAGAGGGAAUAUAUGCCCUGGGAGUCAGCGCUCACCAACCUGGACUUCUUCUACCUCAUGUUUGACCGCAGUGAGGUUUAUGGUCCCAUGCAGACUUACCUGAGGAAACAGGUCACCCCUCUGUUUGAAUACUAUGAGAAUAUGACUGAUAGCUGGAGCAAAGUACCUGAUGGACACAUGGACCAGUAUAAUCAGGUGAAUGCUAUCAGCCUGGCUUGCAGAACAGGCCAUGAGGAAUGCCAAAAUCUGACCAAGACAUGGUUCAAACAAUGGAUGGACACUGAUGAAAACCAGAUCAACCCCAACCUGCGCUCCACUGUGUACUGUAAUGCCAUCGCAGCAGGUGGCGCUAAAGAGUGGGAGUUUGCUUGGUCAAAGUUUCAGAAUGCCACCAUUGCUACUGAAGCUGAAAAACUCCGCUCUGCCCUGGCCUGCACCAAGCAGCCCUGGCUGCUCAACAGGUACCUGGAGUAUACUCUGAACCCAGACAUGAUCCGAAAGCAGGAUGCAACCUCCACCAUUGUCUACAUUGCCAACAAUGUGGUUGGUCAGCCUCUGGCAUGGGACUUUGUGAGGGCUCGGUGGUCAUACAUUUUCACACAGUAUGGUGGUGGAUCAUUCUCCUUCUCCAACCUCAUCAAUGGAGUCACAAAGCGCUUCUCCACUGACUUUGAGCUGCAACAGCUGAAGCAGUUUAAGGAGGACAACUCUGAGGUUGGUUUUGGCUCUGGGACCCUGGCAGUGGAUCAGUCCAUUGAGAGAACCACCAGCAACAUUAAAUGGAUCAAAGACAACAAAGACAAAGUUCUGAAAUGGUUUGAAGAUGAAGUAAAACCUAAGUACUAAAGUACUAACUAACUCUGUGUUUACUUGUACUUCAUGUAAUUUAAGAUGGUCCUUUUUUUCACCAAAAUAAAUUAUACUUGGAGAUUUUACAUCCUAAAUGAAAGCAAAUUUCGCUAGCUCUGCCUAGUAGUUUGUCAGUACCUGAAUCUAAACAUGUUAUUCUGCAAAGCACAAAUAAUGUGAUUAGCAGAAUAACAGAUAAUUAUUCUACCCAAAGCUGCAAUGGUAUUCAGGGAAAGAGACGUGACUGACAUGUUUGUGUUUCAGGCAUUAUGUUUCUUCAAAUUGAUUCACAUCAUUGUGGAUGGCCAAAAUAUAAAAAUGCCCAUUCUCGUUUGCAACAUACAUACAUACAUGCAUACAUGACUUUGAUUUCACUUAAUAUCUUAUUUUAUUUAACCUUUACUUAACCAGAAAAACAUUUUAAAAUUAAAAGUUUUUUUAAAAGGGUUACUGACAGACAACAUAGAACAAAAAUACAAAAUAAAAACAUACAGGUCUAAAACAAGCAAUAUAAAACACAAAAUGAGGCUGCUGCAAAGAAAAGCCAAAAAGCACAUUAAUAUGUAUUAUCAGUGAACCAUAAAAAAGAAAACAUGAUUACAAAGACCAGCUAAAAUACACCCUGACAUUGGCAUAUAGAUGAUUGCGUACAAAAAUCCUGCAACAGCACUUUGAAACGCCCGAGAGGAAUCGAGUGCAACUUUGAGUUCUUCUGCAGAAUAUUCCACAUAUAAGGAGCUGCAUACAUAAAUGCUUGUUUCUAUACUCUGUAGGUACCCUAGGUACAGACAAUAAAGACAUGUUCUGUGAACGAAGAGCAUAUCCAUUUUCAAUAUUUUGCUUGAUGUACACACACAAAUACAGACUUACAGUUAGUAAUAAAUCUCAAUGCACCAUGAUACGCAGAGUCCAGAGCAUGCAAACACUAGAAGGAUGGAGUCCAAACUAUCAUAUCGAGGAGGAGGAGGAGGAGGAGGAGGGCUGGAGUAGGGAGUCAGCAGUCUAGUUUUGCAGCUAGAUUUAUUUUAAACUCCUGAAAAUUAUAUGUGUCGUCAUAAAAUUAUAAUUUUGUUUAUCCAUGUCAAUCUGGGUAAAAACACAAGACAUAAUUAAAAAUGCCCCCUAUUUGGUAUUUCCUAAAUAUCAGCUGACCAUAAGAACUACCCUAAUUUUUUUACUUUUUACUUGACUCUGUAUGUAAUAAUGAGCCCCUUAAGUGCUAAUGCUUUGUAUACCAAGACUUUGUUUUUACAUGUCACUUUAGGCAUGAUUUCAAGUGACCUAAAUCUUGAAGAUACCUCCAAAACAAAAUAAUUUAUGGUAAAAAAGAAUUGUUAUUGAAGACAUUAUUUAUUGUUCAAAUUCUACAAAAGCGUGAUAUUUUCUGGUUAUGACAGCUGUCAUCUAAGAACAUCACAAGCCAGCCUGAGCCAAUGAUUUUAUUGUGUUUCUACUUUUCACUGGACAAAACAAGGAGAUCCCUGUCAAGGUGUUCUUCUAUUUAUUUAGAUCCAUAAAGCAAAUACUAUAGCCGUGGUCACACAUAAUACAUCCAAAAAAUUCAUUUGCUUUACAGCUAAUGCACAUUAACUACGUACAAUUUUGUAAACUGGAUAUAUGUAAAUAUGUGCAUCUUUAAAAAUGAAAUGGUUAAAUUUUCUAUGUCCUCAGGAUAUUGCUGUGUAUGUGAAAAAAGUAAUAUCCUUUUACAGACAAUGAUUUCCAUCUUGUGCUGACACCAGAUACUUUUACAUAUGUGAAGGCAUGGAUUGUACUCUACUCUGGAAAGAAGAAUAAAUACAUCUGUUAAAAGUU